AUGUGGCCGCUGCUGGUUCCAGUUUUACUGCUGUCCAACGAAUCGAGUUGGAUAAAUGACAUCCUGGCCAGCAUUUACAGGGAUAAGCACCACGACACAGUUCUGCUGCUCAGACAUAGCCAGCAAAGAAAUGCAUCUGGCUUGGAAAGGUUUUCCUGGCCGGUUUUCAAUUUCAACGAACAGAUGGACUUCUACGUGAGAGGCAGCCACAACAACGAAAUACUGGCCCUAAUUUGGCAGACCGGAAAUUUGGAUUGGGACUCUGAUUUGUGGCAUGCACUUGACCGAAGUCUUUUGAAUAUGAGAAAAGUAAGGGUGCUAGUACUUAGGAAAUGGGAAAAAGCCCCAACUAUUGACUUUGCCAAAACAGCAGAGGAUCUGCGCUUCCUUCAACUCGCUGUAAUUGGACACGGAAAUAGGAUAUUUCGAUUGCAGCCCUAUGCUCCCCAAAGAUGGUUGGAAAUAAAUCCAGACCAAUCGCCUAUAUUUACCAAACUUCGGAAUUUCAACGGCAAACAUAUACUGACUCUGCCGGAUCAAUUUCCACCCCGUUCGAUUGUCUAUCGAAAUGCGAAAACAGGAGAACUAGAAAUGACGGGCUAUGUUUACAAGUUUCUGCUGGAGUUCACUCGGAUGUACAACUUCACUUUUCAGUGGCAAAGACCCAUUGUACCAGGUGAGCGGUUGAAUCUAAUACUUCUUCGGAAUAUGACUCUGAAUGGAACCAUCAACAUGCCCAUUAGUCUCGCUGGCUUUGAGCCACCCAGUGAGUAUGGAGUAUUCUCGAAUAUAUACGACAUGGAGAACUGGUUCAUAAUGGUGCCACAUGCCCAACAAAUACCGACCGCCGAUGUUUAUGCGGUGGUGUGUGGUAAGAAUUUCCUACUCGUUCUGCUGAUCUUCUACUGCAUAUUCACCAUUUUGGACACCUGUUUUGGUCCCCUAUUGCUACAAAAACGUGUGGAUUGGUCUAACUUGCUGCUGAACGAACGCAUGAUAUCGGGCAUUGUGGGUCAGUCCUUUAAAAUGUGUGCCCGGAAUACCAUCAGUUCAAAAGUAACCAAUGCCACUUUGUUUCUACUUGGCCUGGUUCUGGGUACCCUGUAUGCAGCCCAUCUGAAGACUCUACUGACCAAGCGACCCACAUCACGACAGAUUUCCAAUUUUCAACAGCUUCGGGAUUCCCCAGUCACUGUGUUUUUCGAAGCGGCUGAUCGAUUUUACCUAAACGACUUCAUGUGGGAGCGACCAAUACGUGCCAUUAAGGAUCGGUUGAUUUUUAAGGACACUGUGGAAUAUAAUGCUCUUAGGAGUGGUCUAAAUAGAUCACAAGCUUUCUCUGUCCUCACAUCCGAAUGGCUGAUUGUGGCCAAAAGACAGGAGCUAUUCAAGCAACCGGUAUUUACAGUCCAGCCGGAACUACGGAUUGUUCAAGCAAGUGUCCUUCUAUCGCUGGUUAUGCAGUCCAACUCCAUCUACGAACAUCAUAUUAAUGAUAUGAUUGGUCGGGCUCAGGAAGGCGGAAUCUUGGAAUAUUGGAAACAGCAAACCCUGCGCGAAAUGGUAACCUUGGGCAUGAUUUCCCAGAAGGAUCCAUUUCACUACAUCGCUUUCCGAGAGUUUAAGGUGGGCGAUCUGUUUUGGGUCUGGAUUUGGCUGACCUGCUUUUUAAUCCUGGCCUUUCUCUUAUUACUCUGUGAACUUUUGGUUAAUUGUCUCAUUAAGAAACCCAAAUUAAGAUGUCAUAACCCCUCCUCCAUCGACUGGUUAUCUCGAUAA